CUCACGGAAUUUCGGAUCUUCGACAUCAAUUUUAAAUCUCCACACCUGAUAACAUUUUGCUCUUUGAUCUACACGAAUCGAUCAAUCAACCAUUUUCCAUUUCGUUUACCUUCUUUGGUGAAGACAAAUCGGUGUUGAUUUCGGGAUAUGAUCGUUCAAUUUCAUCGAACAAAGUAGAUUUGUAGGGAGAUUUAUACAUCAAAGAAAAAAAAACGUUAGCGAGUGAGAGAGAUUUGAAGGAGGGAAAAGUGAUGGAGAAUUAUUUGAAUCAGAAUUUCCACGCAGUGAAAGCGAAACAUUCUUCGGAAGAGGUAUUACAGAAAUGGAGAGGUCUGUGUCAUAUUGUCAAGAACCCUAAGCGACGAUUUCGUCACACAGCCAACAUCGUCAAGCGCAAUGAAGCUGCUGCUAUGCGGCGUACAAAUCAGGAGAAAUUGAGGAUUGCAGUUCUGGUGUCAAAAGCUGCAUUCCAGUUCAUACAAGGAGCACAAACCGGCGACUACAAGGUACCAGACGAUGUUAAAGCAGCUGGUUUCGACAUCUGUGCUGAUGAAGCCGGGGCUCUAGUCGAAGGCCACGACCAAAAAAAGCUGAAAUUCCAUGGCGGAGUAGAAGGUCUUGCAGAGAAACUCAAAACAUCAAUCACUAAUGGCCUUUCAGUCGACACCGAAGGGAUAGCACGUAGACAACAAGUCUUCGGAGUCAACAAGUUCGCUGAAUCCCCACAGCGAAGCUUCUGGGUAUUCGUAUGGGAAGCUCUUCAUGACAUGACUCUCAUGAUCCUCGCCAUGUGCGCUUUCGUUUCCUUAAUCGUCGGCAUAGCAACCGAAGGAUGGCCCAAAGGGGCCCACGAUGGGCUUGGAAUUGUCGCAAGUAUCUUACUUGUUGUUUUCGUCACUGCAACAAGCGAUUAUCGUCAAUCUCUACAGUUUCGAGAUCUUGAUAAAGAGAAAAAGAAGAUUUCGAUUCAAGUUACACGAAGUGGGUAUAGACAGAAACUCUCAAUUUACGAUUUACUCGCUGGUGAUAUCGUGCACCUCGCUAUAGGUGAUCAAGUCCCCGCAGAUGGUGUUUUUCUUUCGGGGUUUUCCGUCUCCAUUGAUGAAUCGAGCUUGACUGGAGAAAGUGAACCGGUGAUGAUCAGCGCCGAGAAUCCAUGGUUAAUGUCCGGGACUAAAGUUCAAGAUGGAUCAUGCAAAAUGCUUGUUACAACGGUCGGAAUGCGAACACAAUGGGGGAAAUUAAUGGCUACUUUAAGCGAAGGUGGCGACGAUGAAACGCCGUUACAAGUCAAACUCAACGGCGUCGCAACUGUCAUCGGAAAAAUCGGUCUUUUCUUCGCCAUCGUCACUUUUGCAGUUUUAGUACAAAAACUUCUCAACCGGAAAAUCUCAGAAGGAACCCAAUGGACUUGGAUCGCCGACGAUGCUUUGGAGUUGUUAGAAUAUUUUGCGAUCGCUGUCACGAUCGUCGUCGUUGCAGUCCCGGAAGGUCUCCCACUCGCUGUGACUUUAUCUCUAGCGUUCGCGAUGAAGAAGAUGAUGGACGACAAAGCACUCGUCCGCCACCUCGCCGCCUGCGAAACCAUGGGCUCCGCCACCAGUAUCUGCAGCGACAAAACUGGGACUUUAACCACUAAUCAUAUGACAGUUGUCAAAUCCUGUAUUUGUUUAAACGCAAAAGACGUAAAAAAAGAAGUAAAACACGGAAUUCCCGAUAAAGCGUUGAAGAUUUUACUCCAAUCGAUCUUCAACAACACCGGCGGCGAAGUCGUGAAUAACAAACAAGGGAAACGGGAGAUUCUCGGCACACCGACGGAGGCGGCGAUUUUGGAGUUUGGGCUGUCGUUAGGCGGCGAAUUCACGGCGGAGCGACAGGUGGGGAGUGUGUUGCGAGUGGAACCCUUUAAUUCUUCGAAGAAACGAAUGGGGGUGGUUUUGAAGCUUCCAGAAGGAACUAUUAGAGCACAUUGUAAAGGUGCUUCUGAGAUCAUAUUAGCGGCGUGUGAUAAAGUCGUUAACGCUAACGGCGAUGUGAUUCCGUUAAAUGAAGGUUCAUUGAAAUAUUUGAAUGGGACGAUUGAUGAAUUUGCUAGUGAAGCUUUGAGGACUUUGUGUUUGGCGUAUAUUGAUUUGGAUAAGAAUGUGAAUAGUGAGACUCCGAUUCCAUCUAACGGGUAUACUUGUAUUGGAAUUGUGGGGAUUAAAGAUCCUGUCCGUCCAGGUGUCAAGGAAUCAGUGGCGCUUUGUAGAUCAGCUGGGAUUACUGUGAGGAUGGUUACAGGGGAUAAUAUUAAUACUGCAAAAGCUAUUGCUAAAGAAUGUGGGAUACUUGGGGAAGGUGGUGUUGCUAUUGAAGGCCCAGAUUUUCGUGAGAAGAGUCUUGAGGAAUUAAAUGAUCUUGUUCCUAAGAUUCAGGUGAUGGCUAGGUCUUCACCUCUUGAUAAACAUACACUGGUGAAACAUUUACGGACGACAUUUGGGGAGGUUGUAGCUGUUACAGGUGAUGGAACGAAUGAUGCACCCGCACUUCAUGAGGCUGAUAUUGGGCUUGCAAUGGGAAUUGCCGGAACUGAGGUAGCGAAAGAGAGUGCAGAUGUUAUAAUUUUGGAUGAUAAUUUCUCGACAAUCGUGACCGUUGCAAAAUGGGGGCGAUCAGUGUACGUUAACAUUCAAAAAUUCGUACAGUUUCAACUAACCGUCAACAUUGUUGCUCUAUUGGUCAACUUCACCUCAGCUUGUAUGACAGGGAGCACACCACUGACAGCUGUCCAGCUGUUAUGGGUGAACAUGAUAAUGGACACAUUGGGAGCACUGGCGCUAGCGACGGAGCCACCAAAUGAUGAGCUCAUGAAGCGAAUUCCGGUCGGCCGAUCAGGCAAUUUCAUCAGCAACGUGAUGUGGAGAAACAUCUUCGGGCAGUCUACGUAUCAAUUCGUUAUCAUUUGGCUUCUUCAAUCAAGAGGAAAAGAAUUCUAUGGACUUUAUGGAUCCAAUUCCGAUUUAAUCCUCAAUACCCUAAUUUUCAACUCCUUCGUCUUCUGUCAGUUGUUUAAUGAGGUGAAUUCGAGGGAAAUGGAGAAGGUGAAUGUGUUGAAUGGGAUAUUUAGUAAUAACGUGUUUAUGAGUGUUCUUGGAGCGACUGCGGUGUUCCAGGUGAUAAUAAUUGAGUUUCUGGGGACGUUUGCAAAUACGACGCCGUUGACAAUGAAGCAAUGGUAUUAUAGUGUUUUGACUGGGUUUUUGAGCAUGCCGAUUGCUGUGGUGUUGAAGAUGAUUCCUAUUUGAGUGUGUGUGUUUGCAUGAAGUGAUGGUGAAAGGUGGUUUGGUUAGGAUUAGAACAUUAUUUAAAUUUAUUAAUUCAUAUGACUGUAGUUGCUGAAUAUUUAUUUCACGUUUCAAACAUGGA